GCAGGUCUAUGAAUGACAAAAUUAUCUGCUCUGAUUAACUGAUGAAGGGGGAGGAGGCAGUUCGCGGCGUGGAGGAAAUCUCUCCGGGUUUAAGGACAGACACGUCAGGUUGCUUCUUGCACUCUGGAUCACGAAUCAAGCGAGAGUUGGUGGCUCAGGCGCACAGCAAGAGAAGCAUCAGAUCUGCACAUCCUCAGCUCAGAAAGUGCAAGCCUGACACAAAGCACCCUCCAGGCACAUUCGACUUCAGGUCGUUCUUUGCACAAGUGGGACUGAUUGGCUCUUCUGAGGCUGAUGGGGAAAAAGUGUUUGCUGUCCUGGACCAAGAUCAGAGUGGAUACAUUGAGGAGGAGGAGCUCAAAUUGUUCCUUCAGAAUUUCUCUCCUGGGGCCAGGGAACUGACUGUGGCAGAGACCAAGACUCUAAUGGCUGCGGGAGACAAAGAUGGCGAUGGCAAGAUUGGGAUGGAAGCUGCUGACUCCUUCGACUACAAGAAGUUCUUCAAGGCAUGCGGCCUGGCCAGCAAGUCUUCUGAUGACGUCAAGAAGGCCUUCGCCAUCAUUGACCAGGACAACAGCGGCUUCAUUGAGGAGGAGGAGCUGAAGCUGUUCCUGCAGAAUUUCUCUGCUGGUGCCAGAGCACUCACUGACAAGGAGACCAAGGCUUUCCUCGCCGCUGGUGACAGUGAUGGUGAUGGCAAGAUCGGAGUCGAUGAGUUUGCUGCCCUUGUUAAGGCAUAAAUUUCCACUGACCAAGAUCCCCUUCUUUUCAUGGAACUGCGAACUCCUUCCAAGAUUCAUUAAUCAUCAGCUGAAAGAAUAUUUUUUAUACCUUAUUUAUGCCUGCAAACUAUUUCUCAACAUGCAAUACAUGUUUAACUGCUAACGUUAAUCAGAUAUGUUAUAUGUUCUGAAAUAUGACUUGUGCACACUGUACAACACCAUCUGCACUUUUGAGGAAGAGUGAAAAACCGGGAAUAAAUACUCUUUUGGUGUGAAGUCAUCCUGUCCAGGUCAGUCGUCAUUGCAUUUGUCAAUUGUGGCGCGUUGCACCGCUCUUUUGAAUGCACACAUCUGCACCCAUAUUAACACAACGGCUUAAUUUAAAAAGGCAGUGUCAAAUUAGUCUUCUUCCUAAAGAGUCUUCUCAUUUGAUGGGGUUCUUAAAUGCUUGGGAGGCACUGAGAGAUGGCUGAGGCAACCCACCCAGCGCUCGUUUUUAUAAUUGGUUAAUAAGAAGCGGAGUGUGGCUGGACUUUGGCCAGUGGCAGGAUAAUGCGCUGGGAAUGGCCCUAGGGCUUUGCUCACAUGCAUCUUAGAACCAGGAAGCUCUGCAUUGGAUGGCUGUCCCACUUUGUAUAAUUAGGUGGUGUGGUCCAAGAUCUUUUCUCGAGCAACUGCUGCAUAAUCAGUUUGAUGAUGUGCAGAGGCAACAAGGUUAUUACCAGCCUCAGUCUCAUCAGCAGCUCCAGUUAGAACCCUCUGAAAGGAUAUACAGUAGUCUGGAAUCUUCCUAACAGUUUACUCUAUCCAUAAUGUUCUAUUUCCUUCGAGUUCUUGAAACAUGGCACAUUUUCUGAGUAAAUAAUCUAAGGACUGGCCUUGAAACGAAUUUGAACGGCUCCUUUUUCAUUUCAAAGUCGAAUUACAAUUCCAGAGGGUUAUGAAUGUCCAGAGCACUGCAGGUCAGCAAUAUGUAAACCCUCAACCCUAUCAGAUGACACCGAAAGAGAAUUACAGUCAGCCAGUGGUCAAAACAGAAAGCAGCUUUGAGGUGCUCCACAGCUUUCUUCAUGCAAUAGAGCUGCCACCUGCUGGUCAGAUUCAGAACCUCAAUUUAAAGAGUGAACUAACUUUAAUCGAGACGGACACUUAAAACAUUCUCAGCUCCAAUUAGUCAGUGUUGGAGGGAUAAAGGUCGCCCCAUCUUAAACAUUUUAAUACAACAUGGUGGAACAUGACUUCACAAAGGUUGAAUGAGUGUUCUCAAACUGAUUUUGUCCACCAAUCAUCACAGUAAUCAAAAUAUCAAUUCAAUAAUUGCAUGUGAAACAAAACUGAGGCUGCCUGACAGUUUAAAGAAUUGCCUGAACAGCAAAAAUAGAUAUAUUUCCCAGAAAAGGGCAUUUUUGUUCCUUUGGAUAGGCUACAUUCAUACACUUUAAAGAUAUUUCUCACGCUAUCAAACUAAAGACCUUAAGAUCAUUUCCUAACACACCUAGCAGCACAGAGCCUCCCUCAUCAGCAAAGGGAAAUGUUAAAACAGGGAAAAAACAACCACUUAAUGCAACUUACGCCAGCUCUAAUGCAUGCAUGCUGAGUAUCCACCCUCUUGAAUAUGGCUGUGUUGUGCCAGCAGCACUUCCAAUUCGUCCUCCUCAGCAGUGCACAGGCCUAUUCUUAGCACCGAGGGACAUUAAAGACUUCUUCAAACGCACCUUUUAAGCGUCUUCAUUUGUGAAACUCAAAAUAGACCGCUCUCUGGCUACAGGACGAAUUUUCGCCACCCCCGCCCCGCUCGGUGUCAGUUAUCUUAUGCCUCACAUUUCGAUGGAGUGAAACUAUAAAAGGUCACCGGGAGCACCGGGAUGGUCACUGCAGUCCUACUCCAGUCUUGCCUGUGUCAUCUGUACCCUACAAAGCUAAGACACCACCACCAGAGCUUAAAAUGGCUUUCGCAGGUGUACUGAAAGACGAUGAGAUCACUAAAGCCCUGGAUGAGUGCAAAGGCGCGGACUCCUUCGACCACAAGAAGUUCUUCAAGACUUGCGGUCUGGCAGGCAAAUCGUCCGAAGACGUCAAGAAGGCCUUCUUCAUCAUUGACCAGGACAAGAGCGGGUUCAUUGAGGAGGAGGAGCUGAAGCUGUUCCUGCAGAACUUCAAGCCGGGUGCACGCGCUCUCACCGACGGGGAAACCAAGACCUUCCUGAAGGCCGGCGACAGCGACGGUGACGGCAUGCUUGGCGUUGACGAGUUCGCUGCCUUGGUCAAGGCAUAAGACAGCAACUGACCAACAACACAUGCUCUGAUGGAACAACAAUGCCCACGUCGACCUCCCCCUUUUCAUCUGAAUAUAAAUAAUUUUUAUACAUUUGCUUAAGGGACGUUUCCUCCUAUGCAACACACUGUCCAAAAAACUGAUAAUUGUGAAUGUCGCUCGGUUGUGUUCAUGUCUUAAAUAUGAAUUUUGCUUAUUGUAAAAUCUAUGAUGCACUUUCCAGGAACGAAAGGUAAAAGAAUAAACAUUCUUUUGCUGUGGUCUUAUAUUCUUUUCAAUUCCUUAUCUAUUUAGCGUCAUAUUAGCUCCUGAACUUUCUUUUUUUGCUUUCUAUCUAUCUAUCUAUCUAUCUAUCUAUCUAUCUGGGCCUUAUAAAAGUAAAAGAGUCUUGAAAUGACUUGAAUCUAAGCUCAGAUCAUCUUUACCUCGUGUCAUUGCUUGUUUAACAAAAACAAAGUCCACAUUUCAGAAGCAGUGUUUGCAAAACCAGUGACAGCCUGCUAAUCAAAUGCCCUCGAUUAAUUGAUCAUCAGUAAGUGUGAGAAACUCUAUAGAAGCACGGCUCUUGGCAGUUUGCUGGGCUCUAGCAAUUGAGUAUGUGUUAACAAAAUGCUUAACAUCAGCAAUGAUCUUCGAGGAGCAAUUACAGCCGCCCAUCAGUCUGUGGAAGGCUACAGAGCAAACAAUUUGGGGCCAUCAUUUGACAGUGAAUUAGAGGAAAACAUUUAAGACAUUUGCCAGUCUAUCAGCAGUGGAUGCAGGGGGGGUUCCUUAAACCCCAACAGGUGUUUAAGAAACACUGAUUGAAGCUAAUGAGCUGAGUCAGCAGCAGGACAGUGAUUAGCUCAAAGAAAAGAUGACACAGUGUAAAAAGUUGUUGUUCCUCAAACAGCAACCAAACCUUAACACCUAUAAGGACUGGACAAGUCUUUUAUCUUGAGACAUGCAACCCUUUUAAUAGGCAUAUCUACAUUAGCUUACAGGACAGUGUUUCAGUGGUACGUUCUUACUGUCGUUCAUGUAGCUGCAUCAUGCAGACACUAGAUGGAGGCAUGGGUGUGUUUCCAUCCAGAUAAAAAAAAUAAUUAAAAAAAAGGAUGAUGACUUUUCCCAACAUUAUGAACUGUGAUUAAAGUGUACUCAUGGCUAAAAUGAUUUGAAAGUAAAAAACAAUAAUAAAAAAAUCAUUAAAAAAA